AUGCCACUACGACCGUUUCCCUUUCCUCUGCGAGUCGGCACCGAUCUCUGCAACGUUUCACGGAUCAGGUCCCUGAUCACGCAGAAGCCUAACAGCGCCAAAGGACCGCGGUUGAAAGCAUUUUUGUCCAAGAUUCUGACGCAUCCUGAACGCGCCUAUUUUCGUGGCCGCUUUGGAAACGACGAGUCUGUCUUCCGCAAUACAGACAAUGUUGCGCGUUUUCUCGCAGGCAGAUUCGCAGCCAAAGAAGCAUGCCGCAAAGCCUGCGAUCAUUUGGGGAUAUACACAACGGGCUUCAAGCAUAUCAUGAUCCUUCCGGUCACUACACUUGACCACAGUGAGCACCAGAGUCAAAGACCCCAGGGGCUAAUACUGCACGAAGCUCUACCAGAGCUUGAGAAGCUCGAGGCAGCCAAACAAGCAGCUUUCAACGUGGAGGCACUUGACGGCCAAUUGUGCGAGAUUAGCAUCACCCAUGACGGAGACUUUGCGAGUGCGGUCGCACUUGUGCCGGGUAUGAAGUGA